AGUUUUUUUAAGACCAAAGAAAACAAAACAAAAUAAAACCCAGGUUUUAUGUUAUCAUAAAAAAGAAAAACAAGGUUUUCCCAUAACCCAGUAAACGACUUUGUUGUAGCAUUCAUAGAGUUCCUACUUCACACGUCUUAGCGUCCAUUUUCACCGUUUGUUUGCCAUUCUCGGUAGACGAAGACAAUGUCAACAGUGGGUUUCAUUUGAAUUUUUAUUUUUAUUUUUUUCAGUAAGAGAUGUCGAAGCUAUUUACUAGGAUUGUUGGGUACAUAAGAAAUUGGUCUCUGAUGGGGAUGGACAAAGCGGGCAACCAAUACUUCGUCAGAACAGAAGAGAUUGAUGGUAUCAUGAAAGAGAAAAGAUGGGUGGUAUUCAAGGGAGAGAAGGACCCAACUUCCAUUCCAGUUGAAUGGGUAUGUUGGCUGAAUGGGCAGCGCAAAAGCGCUCCAACCGCUGAGGAAAUGAUGGAACUGGAAGCUAGGCGUGAACAAGUUAGACUGAAUGUUGCUCUUCUCAAGAAAGAAGAGGAGGAAAAGAGAGCCAAAGCAGGGGCUACAUGCAAAACCAUCAGCACUGGUCAAGUUGGAGGUCCAGACUUGAAAAGUUUCAUUCGGCAAUUUCCGACUGCAUCAGAAGGUGACAAAGUUGAGGAAGCAUCUGAUGCAAUGGAUGGCAUGAGUAACUCUAAAGAGAGGGCAGCAGAGAAGGAAAAACCAGAACCACAGUCGUCAGAGCCAAUAGGAUCUGGGCAGUCGUUUAGACCAGGCACAUGGCAACCACCAACAUGAACGAUGGCAAUGGUUGAAAGGGACUCACCAACACCAAUCCUCAUGGCCUAAGCAAUAAUAACUUGUUUUUCAUGCCAAUUUCAAUGACCUUGUUCAACUCACUUCACUACCAUUUAACCCAGUAUUGUUUCAUGGAGAUUCUAUCAGGGAGCACAGCAAAAUCACAUUCUUUAAUCUCAUUGGUUAAAUGAAUCAGUUUUGUUCAGACUUUUGUUGAUUAGAACUUAUUUGUGUAUGUGAAACUAUAUUCCAAAA